CCCUGCAGGCGGCGUGCAGCUGCAUAGCCUGAGAACCCUGGUGGUGAGCGGGGAUGGCGCUUGUGGCGGCGGCUGCCGGCUGGCUACUCAGGCUCAGGGCGGCAGGGGCUGAGGGGCACUGGCGUCGGCUCCGUGGCGCGGGGCUGGCGCGGGGCUUUCUGCACCCCGCCGCGACUGUCGAGGAUGCGGCCCAGAGGCGGCAGGUGGCUCAUUUUACUUUUCAGCCAGAUCCGGAGCCCCGGGAGUACGGGCAAACUCAGAAAAUGAAUCUUUUCCAGUCAGUAUCAAGUGCCUUGGAUAACUCAUUGGCCAAAGAUCCUACUGCAGUAAUAUUUGGUGAAGAUGUUGCCUUUGGUGGAGUCUUUAGAUGCACUGUUGGCUUGCGAGACAAAUAUGGAAAAGAUAGAGUUUUUAAUACCCCAUUGUGUGAACAAGGAAUCGUUGGAUUUGGAAUCGGAAUUGCGGUCACUGGAGCUACUGCCAUUGCGGAAAUUCAGUUUGCAGAUUAUAUUUUCCCUGCAUUUGAUCAGAUUGUUAAUGAAGCUGCCAAGUAUCGCUAUCGCUCUGGGGAUCUUUUUAACUGUGGAAGCCUCACUAUCCGGUCCCCUUGGGGCUGUGUUGGUCAUGGGGCUCUCUAUCAUUCUCAGAGUCCUGAAGCAUUUUUUGCCCAUUGCCCAGGAAUCAAGGUGGUUAUACCCAGAAGCCCUUUCCAGGCCAAAGGACUUCUUUUGUCAUGCAUAGAGGAUAAAAAUCCUUGUAUAUUUUUUGAACCUAAAAUACUUUACAGGGCAGCAGCGGAAGAGGUCCCUAUAGAACCAUACAACAUUCCACUGUCCCAGGCCGAAGUCAUACAGGAAGGGAGUGAUGUUACGCUAGUUGCCUGGGGCACUCAGGUUCAUGUGAUCCGAGAGGUAGCUUCCAUGGCAAAAGAAAAGCUUGAAGUGUCUUGUGAAGUCAUUGAUCUGAGGACUAUAAUACCUUGGGAUGUGGACACAAUUUGUAAGUCUGUGAUCAAAACAGGGCGACUGCUAAUCAGUCACGAGGCUCCCUUGACAGGCGGCUUUGCAUCGGAAAUCAGCUCUACAGUUCAGAGUCUCACUCUGUCACCCAGGCUGGAGUGCAAUGGGGUGAUCUCAGCUCACUACAACUUCUGCCUCCCGGGUUCAAACAAUUCUCCUGCCUCAGCCUCCCAAGUAACUGGGAUUACAGGCACAUGCCAUCAUACCCAGCUAAUUUUUUUGUAUUUUAGUAGAGAUGGGGUUUCACUGUGUUGCCCAGGCUGGUCUUGAACUCCUGAGCUCAGACAGUCCACCCGCCUUGGCCUCCCAAAGUGCUAGGAUUACAGGUGUGAGCCACCACGCCUGGCCCUAUUUUUUUGUUGUUAUUGCUUACACUUUGAGGUCUUAGUCACAAAUAAUUUGCCUAGACCAAUGUGCAGAAGAGUUUUCCCUGGGUUUUCUUCUAGUGUUUUUAUAGUUUCAGGUUUUACUUUUACAUUUUUAAUUCAUCUUGAGUUGAUUUUUAUAUACAGUGAUAGGAGUUCAGUUCCAUUCUUUUGCAUAUAGGUAAUCUACUUUCUCAGCACCAUGUAUGGAAAAGGGUGUCCUUUCCCCAGUGUAUGUUUUUAUUGGCUUUGUCAAAGAUCAGUUAGCUGUAAAUAUGUGAUCUUACGUCUGUGUUAUCUAUUCUGUUCCAUUAAUCUAUGUGUCUGGUUUUAUACCAGUACUGUGCUGUUUUGAUUACUAUAGCCUUAUAGUAUAACUUGAAAUCAGGCAAUGUGAUGCCUCCAGCUUUGUUCUUUUGCUUAGGACUGCUUUGGUUAUUUGGACUCUUUUUUGUUCCAUAUGAGUUUUAGAAUUGUUUUUUCUAAUUCCGUGAAAAAUGAUGUUGGUAUCUUGAUAGGGAUUUCAUUGAAUCUGUAGGUUGUUUUGAGCAGUAUGGUUAUAUUAAUGAUAUUAAUUAUUGCAAUUUAUGGGAUGUUUUUCCAUUUGUUUGUGUCAUCUACAAUGAGGCAGGCAGAUCACCUGAGGUUGGGAGUUCGAGACUAGCCUGGCCAACAUGGUGAAACCCCGUCUCUACUAAAAAUACAAAAAUUAAUUGGGCAUGGUGGUAUACACCUGUAAUUCCAGCUACUUGUGAAGCUGAGGUGGGAGAAUUGCUUGAACCCGGGAGGCAGAAGUUGCAGUGAGCCGAGAUUGUGCCACUGCACUCCAGCCUGGGCAACAGAGUGAGACUCUGUCUCAAAUAAAAAAAAAAGGAAGAAAAUACUUUGUGUAAAUUUGCCAUAUUUACACUCCUUAUUAGAGCAUGUUUACUUGCACCGUGAUUUUAUCUUUUAAGCAAAAUAUUUCAAACAGAGAACAGUAUAGUAAAUGUCUAUGUACCCUCCCUCCUAGCAUAAAAAUUAUAAAGUUCAAUUCAUUUUUUCCUAGUUUUCCCUAACCCAGAGGGUAAUUUAGACCCUAUGUUAACAGUAACAAAUAGUAUUUCUUUAAAAAAGUCUGUCCCAAAGACUAGACAGCCCACAAGGGUUUCCCUAAUUAUUUUGGGGAAUUGCAUGAGGGUUGCUUUCAAACCCAAGGAAUUUGCACAACCACAUGGAGUACAUGGUUCUUUCUGGCUCUGGCUCCAUCUCCCAGCAGAAAUAUCUGCUGCCAGUAGCUAUGGAAGGCACCUAAGGGCUGCUACUGCCACAGGUGCCGCCUGCAGCUGACACUCACUAUUGAAGCUAUACUUCUUUGGGUCGUUGGAGCGGUGACAGUGCUCUUGUUCUCUCUGGAGGUAGAAAAAUCCUUCUUCUCUUGUUGAGAUACAGGGAUCCCAAAUUAGUGUGGCUGGUGAUCACAACAUCUCAUCAAUAUUUGGGGAAACAGGCCUCACAGCUGUUCAUCAGACAAGUGAAUUAACUGACCGAUUGUUGUACUUAGAACCUUUGUCCCUCUCCAGGACUCCGGCAUUAUCUGAGUCCCAAGCUCACUUUUCCUAGAGAAUGGGCUUCUCGAAGGGUCUGCUUUGUUUCUCAGUACACAUACACCAUUGGCCAACUUGCCUGUCAAUCCUACAGGCCAGUCUAGAUUCUAGAGCAAACACACUUUAAGUCCCAGCUUGGCUUACUCUUCUAAGGGAAGAACUCAUGUCCAUCAGAUUUAUUUGAUGUUAUUUUCUGAACAAUAAAAGUGUUCAAAUAGAUUAUAGGAACAUUGCCUAGGAUAAUAUGGUAUAGUGUGGUUUGUGAUUUAUGGUAUAUCCAUAUGAUUAGGUACAAUGUACAAUUUUCAAAUGAUGAUUAUGAAAAUUAUGUAGCAAGAUAGUAACAUGGUCAUUACGUACUUUUAAGUAGAAAAAUCAGGAUUCAAAAUUGUAUGCGUAUUAUGAUUACAACUAGUAUUACUUGUGAUUACAACUGUUAUUACUUAUGAUUUUACUUACAAAGGAGUCAUUAGAGAACAUAGCCAUGUUAGAGUGAGGAUCAUAAGUUAUAUCAUAAUGAAAGAAUUUAUUUUUCAGAAUGUUUAUUACACAAAGUAAUAAAAUAUUUACUAUGUGCUAAAAAUUGUUACCAAAUAUUAAGUAUUGCAUAAUCUUUCUGUUUUGUAAAACACUGUCCAAGCACCAGUACUAAAGGAUCUUUAUCUGUCUGAUCACUGCAAGAACCUGGAAUCAAUAAAAUAUGGUAUUUUUUCUUCGUCUCAAACUCUCUGUCUCUGUCUCACCCCCGACUCCUUCUGCCUCUGCCUCUUCCUGUCCUUUUCCCUCUCUCUCUCUCUCUCUCUCCCCCGCCCCAGCACCCCCAACACACACAUGAUUUUUUAAACUCAGAAGGGAAGAUUAAAAACAAAUAAUUCACCUACAAUAAUAUACUAGUGCCUGUUUAAAGUUUGACUUUUUAAAUUAAGCUUUAAAAAGUUUAUUAUUUAGGGUCAUAGCAGAAAAAAAGAUGUCAUAUUCAAAGGUUUGUCACUGAAUACAGUUUAAUAAUGGACUCUUUGCAAAGGUAUGGGCGGAUUAAGGGAACUGGGAAGGAAGGGUGACGCACCCAGGAACUAGCAACUGUGGGAAGUCAUUACCAUCCCUUGCCUGAAGGAGCAAGGAGGAGGGAAUUGUCCUGGAACCUAGUGAGAGCUACAGCGAUGGGAGAGGAGCCGCCAGACAAGAGAUGCAGCCAUAGAGGAAAAAGCACAGCUGUUGAAACAGAAUGGAGAGGGGAGUAUAUCCUAGUCUCUCCUGCCUUCUGAUUGCCUGCCAGGGCUUCCCACUGGCUAAACCCAAUUGCAAGACGGAAGCCAAGGGAGUCUGCUGAUGCAGUCCCUGGGAGUCAGCCUCCCUUGACAUAGAGAAGGCAAAGAAGGGUGGAGAAUGAAUUUGGAGGGGCGAAUGGAGAAUAACCAGUACACAGCGCCCAGCUUCUCCAUAUCAUAGGAGACAGGUAAAUAUCUGUUUAACUACAUACAAAACUUUGACCUUGAAGCUGCUGAAAAGUGCAGAUUAUUUUUAAUUGUGCUACGUUUUCCUGGGCAGGCCUGGAGUUUGGAUGGCUGUGUACUCUGCUGAUGGAAAUUUAUGGCUGUGUCCAUACGCUGUACUUUAUUUGCAACGAUGCUCUGAAAGUCUUCAGUUUUCUGCGCAAUCCUGGACUGGUCAUGUCUCAGCCUGUGACCCAGCUGUUGUUGAGCUGGAGCUCUUUCAUCCUGUUUGCCAACUUACAUCUCCUGUGUCCUGUAUCCAUGCUUUUUUCUUCUCGCACUUUGUUGGAGCACACAAAUAGAUUCCUUAGAAAGUAUUCAUGAGAAGCUAAUUUUCUGAGACCAUUCAUGUCAGAAAAUGUCCUUACUCUAACCCUUGACUAAUAGUUUGGCUGAGUGUAAAAUUUUAGACUAAGAAACAUUUGUUUUUCAAAAUAGGCCAUUGCUUAAUUUUCUUCUCACAAUUGUAUAUGUGAUUUUUUUUUUCUCUCAAAAUUUCUCUUGAUCAGACUUUUGGGGAUAUUUCCUUAUCUUCCUAACCUUCUAUGUAUUAUUUUUAUUUUGGCCAACUAUUUCUUUUUAACCUUUGUUUUUCUCACAGCAUCUUCUUAUUAUUUUAAGGAUGCCAUAUAUCUGUAGAUAUGUGUAUACAGUAAAUAUACACGUAUAUACACAAAUAGAUACACAUAUGGGUGUGCAUUUUUUAAUCUUUCAGGAUAUGAGUUGUUACUUUUUUAAAAGUUUUACUGUGUUCUCUGAUUUAUAUUGUUUUCUCUAGUUUUCAUUUUUCUGUUUAUUUUGGUUUCUCUCUUUUGCCUUAUGUAUGGUGAUUGUCGAUUGUUUUUAUUCGACUGAGGCAUCAAAAGCCGAUCUGGAUUGUAGUGUAUUCACACAAUGGAAUAUUAUUCUAUCAUAAAAAUGAAUGAAGUACUGAUACAUGUGGUAACAUGGAUAAACCUCCAAAACAUUAUGCCAAUUGAGAGAAGUCAACGCAAAAGGUCACAUAUUGUAUGAUUCCUUUCAUAUGAAAUAUCUAGAAUAGAUACAUCCAUGAAAACAGAAUGGAGAUUGGUGAUUUCCAGGGGUCAUGGGAAAGGGAAACAGAGUUUUACUUUGUAGCGAUGGGGACUAAAUAGAGUUGGUGGCUGCAAAACAUUACAAGUUUACUAAAUGUCACUGAAUCCUUCACUUUAAAAUAGUAAAUUUUAUGUGACUAUCAUAAAAUAAAUUGAUUUUUUAAAAGA